GCCAGUGACAAAUGAUACAGACCUUGUUGAGUCAGUGAAGAAAAACACUUCUCAGUCCCCUAUGAGGACUACUGACAAUAAUGCCAGGGAAAAGGAGAAAUCUCAAACUUGGUUACCUGUGAUAGAAAAACAUGACAUUCCCAUUGUGGUUGGAGUAGGUGUUUCCUUGGCAUUUAUUUUCAUUGCAAUGGCCUUUUACUCUUUGGUUCAGAAAAAUGAUCCUACAUCUGUACCUACAGGGAGAGCAGCUCUGAGGGGUAUUUGUGGUCCUUGCAGGCAUGGAAAACGUCUUGCAAUGGAAAGGACAUAUGAUAACAAGGCAUUUGAGGAUGAUAAUUUAGUGGCUGUUAUUGAGCAAAGCCCCAACACAUCAGAGACUAGAGCGCUCCCACUAGAAGCCAGCCCAUCCACCUUGGUGAUGAAUCCACCUACUGAUGAUGUUCUGGAGGGUGUCCAGUCCACUCAGGACCUGCCAGUUAUAGUGGAGACACACCCAGAGCCAAGAGAGGAGGACCAGUUGGAGAAUUCAUUUGAGGAGGGGAAGGUCACUCCCUCUCCGAAUUCUGACAUUCAGCUCCAGUGCAUGGAGGACUGGAGGAGCAGAGAUUUUGAACCAUGUCAGGACGUUCCCUCACCCCCUCCAACGAAUCCAGCACCUGCGCAGGAAGAGGGCUUACGGUCCUCUCUGACCCUCCAGACCAACGAACCCUGCUCCACUCCAGUGCGCCACAGCAUUAAUAUCUCCCAUGGUUCCUCUCCCCUCCUGCUGUCCCACUGCGUGUCCCUGGGCAUGACUUCUGUAGCUGUGGAUGUUCACUUCUACCCUUCAGCCUCCUCAGCGGCCAGCCAACCUCCAUGCUCUGCAUUUGGACCUCCAGGCCAACAGGUCAACACCAGACUGGAGCAUGAAUUAACUGCACCAUCUGCUAGCCACAGUAAAUCAUAGGAAUGUCUAAAAAGGUUGAAGCCAUGAGAAUGCAGCUCACUUCACAGGGCUACCGUCAGUUAAAGGAAUAGUUCACCCAAAAAUGAUUAUUCUGUUAUUUACUCUCUCUAAUUUUGUUCCAAACAGUAUGAA